UAAGGCGAAGGGCGGAACGAGUUCCACAGCGUUCCGAGUUGCAAAGCCCCUUCUCACCGGGGGAAACGGAGAAUUGCGUGAGUAAUCAGCCGAUAGCCCGAAGCCGCACAAGUGACACAUCGUCAGCGUAAAGUGAAGUGAAGAGAAGCCGGAGUUUAAUUGUACUUACACUGGAGAUAAAAAACACCGACUAGACAUGUCAUACGAAACAAAAUAUAUAUUCGCUACGUUGCCUAGAACCCAGAGGGGUACUCCCCUCGUCCUUGGAGGUGAUCCCAAGGGGAAAAACUUCCUGUACACCAAUGGAAACAGCGUUAUCAUCAGGAAUAUUGAUAAUCCUGCCAUUGCGGAUAUCUACACCGAGCACUCGUGCGCGGUCAAUGUCGCUAAAUACUCGCCGAGUGGAUUUUAUAUAGCGUCUGGAGAUCAAUCCGGAAAAAUAAGAAUCUGGGACACAGUGAAUAAAGAGCACAUCCUGAAGAACGAGUUCCACCCAAUCGGUGGUCCGAUAAAGGACAUAGCAUGGUCCCCCGACAGCCAGAGGAUGGUGGUGGUGGGUGAGGGUCGCGAGAGAUUUGGCCACGUGUUCAUGGCCGACACUGGCACCUCGGUGGGGGAGAUCUCCGGCCAGAGCAAACCCAUCAACUCCUGCGACUUCCGGCCCGCAAGGCCCUUCAGACUCAUCACCGGGAGUGAGGACAACACCGUCGCCAUUUUCGAGGGGCCCCCCUUCAAAUUCAAGAUGACGAAGCAAGAGCACUCGAGGUUCGUCCAGGCGGUCAAGUACUCACCCUCGGGUCACCUCUUCGCGUCAGCUGGCUUCGAUGGCAAAGUCUUUCUGUACGAUGGCACGACCAGUGAACUCGUCAGUGAGAUCGGUUCACCAGCCCAUCAGGGAGGGGUCUACGGGGUCGCGUGGAAGCCUGAUGGCACACAAUUGCUGACGGCCUCGGGGGAUAAGACUUGCAGACUGUGGGAUGUGGAGACCAAAAGUCUGAUUACUGAGUUCAAUAUGGGCAAUACCGUAGAAGACCAACAAGUGAGCUGCUUGUGGCAAGGUGAGCACUUGCUGUCAGUCUCCCUCAGUGGUUUCAUAAAUUACCUGAACGUCAAUGACCCCACGAAGCCCUUGAGAAUAAUAAAGGGCCACAACAAGCCAAUCACAGUAUUAACCCUGAGCCCAGACAGGGGAACCAUCUACACUGGCUCACACGAUGGCCACGUGACGAACUGGAAUGCAUCAACUGGUGAGAACGAUCGUGUCCAGGGUCAGGGGCACGGCAAUCAGAUGAACGGGAUGAAGGCAGCGGGCAACCUACUGUACACAGCUGGCAUCGAUGACACACUUAGAGCCAUUGACAUUGCCAGCAACAAGUACAAUGACGCAGACACCAUCAAACUGGACUCACAGCCACGUGGACUCGAUGUUUAUAAUGAUAUUGUUGUCACUGCGGCCAUGAGGCAGAUCCAUCUGACUCAGUCUGGGAGAAAAGUCUCCAAACUUCCCAUUGAUUAUGAGCCCUCUUGUGUGGGCGUCAAUCCGGAGAAUGGGGAUGUGGCUGUUGGCUCUACUUCUGACAAUAAAGUUUAUGUUUAUAAUCUCUCGGGGACGACGCUGACGUUCAAACUCGAGCUGGAGCAUCUGGGACCUGUCACUGAUGUUGCCUAUAGUCCGGAUAAUAAGUAUCUUGUUGCCUGCGAUGCCAACAGGAAAGUUAUACUUUAUAUGCUGCCGGAGUACAAGGGGCUGGCGCACAAUCGAGAAUGGGGCUUCCAUAAUGCUAGAGUGAAUACAGUUGCUUGGUCAACUGACUCGACAAUGGUGGCCAGUGGCAGCUUGGACACUACUAUUAUCAUCUGGAGUGUCACGAACCCAGCGAAACACACUAUUAUCAAAAAUGCUCAUCCCCAGAGUCAGAUCACACGUUUGGUGUGGCUGGACGAGGAGACCCUGAUAUCCGUUGGCCAAGACUGCAAUACCAAAAUAUGGCGUGUGGAGAGAAUCUAACGACCCAACAGAGCAAUACAACCGCAAAACAAUUGAUUUCGUCAUUUUGAUACUCUCGCUUCAAGGAAAAGUAAAAACCAAUGAAUUUUUGGAGAAACUUUUUCACAAACUUUUGAUGCACUUUAUUUAUUUUAUAAUUUGUAGCAUACAAAUAUUGUAUAUUAUUUUUGAAUACGAUUGUUCAUUGAUAUACAACUCAA